CCAAACGCGUGGUUUUUAUUUAUGGGCUCAUAUUGGGCUUUUGGACUAUAUUCAGACCCAAUAUUGCUUGCGUUUUUAAAUAGCAACUUCACCAUUAAUGAAACCAUUUUCUGGCGCCGAAUCUUCCUCUUCACCAUUCUUUUAUCAACAAAAAAGGAAACAAAACACCUCUCUUUUGCUUUUCUUGAACAGAAUUCUUAAAAAAAACAAUAUAUUGAAGUAAAUAUGAGAUCGUCUUCAAUGUAUUGAUUUAAAAACAAUAACAAAAAAAAAGGUUAAGAGAAUAAAAAAUGUUAAGAAGAGCUGCGAGCAAUGCGUAUUCAUGGUGGUGGGCAAGCCACGUCCGAACCAAACAAUCCAAAUGGCUCGACGAAAACCUUCAAGAUAUUGAGGAGAAGGUGCAAUACGCACUUAAGCUAUUGGAAGACGAAGGCGACUCCUUCGCAAAGCGUGCUGAAAUGUAUUACAAGAGAAGACCCGAACUAAUCAGUUUCGUGGAAGAAUCAUUCAAGGCUUACCGCGCUUUAGCAGAACGCUAUGACCACAUCUCCAAGGAGCUUCAAAACGCAAACACAACCAUCGCAUCCGUUUUCCCCGACCAAGUUCCCGAGUUCGCCAUGAACGAAGACGAUGAUUCCGCUGUCUCUCCUAGAAACCGUAAAACGCAGACAGACGCGAUGUUGUCCUCGAAUAAGAAUGUUCCAAAGGUUCCUAACUUGCCUAUGAAAGACUCUGAGGCAACAAAGAUGUUUAAGUCAAGGCUAGCUAACAACAAAGAACAUGGUGGUGAGUUGUCUGAUGUUGUUGUUAACAAGUCCGGUCUGAGCAAAACCGAGGCGGUCGAAGAGAUUGACAAGUUGCAGAAAGAGAUACUUGUUUUGCAAACCGAGAAAGAGUUUGUGAAGAGCUCGUACGAGAACGCGCUUGCGAAGUAUUGGGAGAUUGAGAAUCGUAUCAUGGAGAUACAAGGGAGAGUUUGUGGUUUGCAAGACGAGUUUGAUGAAGGUGCUGUUGUUAUUGAAGACAAAGAAGCUCAGGUUUUGAUGUCAAACACAGCUCUCAAAUCAUGCCAAGAGAAGUUGGAUGAGCUGAGAGAGAAACAUGAGGAGAAUGUGAAAGAAACUGAGAUCAUAAGAAAAGAGAUAAGUGAUUCAAAAGAGGAGAUUGAUAAACAUUCUGAUGAUGGAACAAGAACUCAAAGAAGUGGAGAAGUGAAAAAGGAAGAGAAGGAGAAAAAGGUAACUGAACAUGAGGUGGUGGUGGUGGAUGGUUCAUGCCUUACCAUAACAGAUGUUGCUGAUAAUAUAGAUGAGCUUGUGAAUGAUGUGAUGAAUCUGGAGAGCUUGUUCUCAUCUCAAGCAGCUUUGAUACAAAGGCUAAGAGAAGAGAUUGAUGAUCUCAAGGCACAGAUUGAAGCCCUUAAAGAGAAUAAUAACUCAUCUCAAAGUGAUGCUGACAUGAGGAAGAGGCUGAGAGAGAUGGAGGAAAAGCUGAAUGGUAUUAAUGGUAUAGACAAGGCGGUCGAGGAACAGAGUCAGAACAUUGAAAUACACCUUACAAGAGCACAUAUUAAACUAACUUUCUUGUCUAACAAGUUAAAGGGCUUAAACCAAGAAGGAGAAGAAGAAGAAUCAAAGGAUACUAAUGUGCCAAUCCCAAGUGCAACAUCUUUGAGUGAUACAAAGGAAAACAUUGAUGAUUCAGUUGUGCCUGAAGAUGUUAAACCAGCAUCUGAAGUGGUUAUUGCGGAAAAAGAAACUGCGGAAAAUGAAGUUUUAUUAUUAUCACCCAAAUCAAGCAUUGAAACUGAAGAUGAAGCAUUUUUGCAAAAGCUUCUAGCACAUGGGAUUGAAGGUAGAGAGAAACAUCUCUUAACCGAAUACACAAAGGUACUUAGAAACUACAAGGAAGUGAAAAAGAUGUUAGAAGAAACAGAAACAAGACUUAAGAGCGAAAACACCUUGAAAGACGAACAAGUCAGAGUCUUAAACCAUAAACUCAACCUCCUCCUUCAAGGUAAAAAUGAUGGUGAUGGUCUUCAAAAGUCUAUAGCCAAGGAACAACAACAGAAAGAGCAAUUGUUCAUGCUGAUUUACAAAGAAGAUAAUGCGAUAAACGCUAUAGCUGGACAAAACCAUAUGUUGUUGUCACCAAAAGAACAGCUGUUUGGAGCAAGAGUUGAUGCAUUGCUAAGCGAGAACUUGAACUUGCUGGUGAGGUUUAGCAACUCGUUUGGACAGAUACAACAGUUUGAUACUGGGAUCAAGGACCUACAAGUUGAGUUAAUGAAAAUCAUAGACCAAAAGAAUCAAGAUAAGCCUUCUAUAAGAUCAAACGUUCGUCCCAUAUACAAACACCUCAACGAGAUACGCACUGAGCUAACCAUCUGGCUAGAGAAAAGCUUGCUGCUCAAGGAAGAGAUCAACUCAAGAGCUUCAACUCUAAACAACAUACAAAACGAAAUAACCGAAGCUCUCAAAACAGAUUUUGAUGAUCCGGAAACGAAGUUUACGAUCUACCAAGGAGCUAAGUUCGAAGGUGAGGUUUCAAACAUGCAAAAGGAGAACAACAGGAUCGCAGAAGAGCUUCAAACGGGUUUGGAUCAAGUUGAGAAACUGCAGCGAGAAGCUGAUAAGACGCUUGGGAAACUGAGCGAGGAGUUUUCGCUUUCUGAGUCAAAGAACCGUUCCAGUACAAGGUCUACGCAAGAUAGCAAAACUAGUAUUCCUCUGAGGUCGUUUAUCUUUGAUGUUAAACCAAAGAAGCAAAGACUAUCCUUAUUCUCUUGUAUCCAACCUUCCAUGUCUAAGAAGAUGAGGCCUGAUUCAUAGGUAACUUGAACGUCCUUUUCAUGUACUUCUACUACUACAUCAAUUAUGUUUAUUAUGGAUUUAAAUCUUUCCUUGCAUGGGACUCUUACGUAUGUAUACUACCUCCAAGAUAACUAAUCAAACUGAAGUUACUUAUGAUGAAUUUUUAUCUACACUGAUUCAUAUGGUUAGACCAUCUCCAAUGGUGAAUUAUAAUUUUCUUUAUAUUUUAUUUAAUUCUGUUAUAAAAUAUUAAAUUUACUCUGAUGGUAAUUUUAUUAUAAAGUCGAAUAUAGAGUAAAUUUAUUUUUAAAAUAAAGUAAAAAUAUAACAUUUUUUUUAUAAUUCACUAUGUUAUAAAGUAAUUUUAUUAUAGAGUAAAUCAUUGGAACAAAUCAACUCUAUAAUAGAGUUAUUUGAUUUUAUAGUGGAAUAUAUAAAAAAAUUAUGGAGUACUAUUUGAGAUGAUUUUAGUGAUUGGUCUAAUUUUGAGUUAUAAGCAUUAAUAACAUUGGCUGAGCUCGUGGAUCACUUUAUAUUUCCCACUUUUACGAUGUGUAAUAACCACAUAAAUAACUUUAGUUUUUACUAUUAUGACUUUUAAAGAAAGAGACAGAGAAAAAAAACACUUCGGCUAUCUAUCUACA